GGUUGAGGAAUCACAAGGUUGGGGAAGCUUCAUCAGCCAGGCUCAUGAAAAACCGGUUCAGCAUUCGGUUCAGCAAUCGCUUCGAGGUCUUGGAACUCUACGCCCACAGGGAGAACCGCAAUCGCCGCGAGACCAGGCUUCUGCCCAUGCUGAACUUCGUCGCCUCCUCCAUUUGGAAGGCGCUCUUCGGCCACUCAGCAGAGCUGCUGAAAGGCCAAGACCACGAGAACGAGUACAUGCUCAACGACAAGGCCUUGCUGGUGAACCGCUUCAUCUCCGUGCCCAAGGACCUGGGGGAUGUGAACUGCGGCGCGUUCGUGGCUGGCAUGGUUGAAGGCAUGCUCCGCAGCGCCGAGUUCCCGGGCAGUGCCACGGCACACACCGUGGAGGAGCCCAGCGGCACCAGCACCACAAUCCUCAUCCGGUUCGAAGAGAGUGUCAUGGCGCGCGAGCGUCGCGCCGCAUGAGAGUCGACCCGACGAUUCGGUCGAAC